UUGUGAUUGGUUAAAGGACCAGCUGAUCCACAGCCGUUUCACAAGAGGGAAAUUUUAAAAUAGGCGAGAGGCGCUCUUGUAUGAAGUUUGGCGGAGUGUAACAGCACAAGCCAUGUACAGACCGGGGAAAGCCAAGACUCCGCGCAGGCCGGGCCUAAAAAAGAAAUCCAAUGCAGAGAAAGACCCUGUUGGUGUGUACUGCCGUAUACGCCCGCUGGCAGGAGAGAGCGAGGAAUGUUGCGUGGAAAUGAUCAGCAGCUCCACCAUUCAGCUGCACGCGCCUGACGGCCUGAAAGCCAACCGCAACGGAGAGUACAAAGAGACGCAGUACUCCUUUAAAAAAGUCUUUGGUAUUAACACCACUCAAAUGGAGCUCUUUGAGGACGUCGCCAAGCCGCUGGUGGAGGACCUUAUCCAAUGUAAAAAUGGUCUGCUGUUUACAUACGGCGUGACAGGAAGCGGUAAGACCUUCACCAUGACCGGCUCGCCCGGGGACGGUGGACUCCUCCCACGUUCCCUCGACAUGCUCUUCAACAGCAUCGGCCCCUUUCAGGCCAAAAGAUUUGUGUUUAAGACUGAUGACAAAAAUGGGGUCGACAUCCAGAACGAUGUUGACGCUCUUCUGGAGAGACAAAAGCGAGACUGCCAACCCUUGGUGCCCAAAACGCCUUCCUCCAGACAGAAGGCUGACCCAGAAUUUGCGGACAUGAUCGGUCCAGAGGAGGCGUGUAAAGCGGACAACGUGGACGAAGACUGCUGUUACUCCAUCUUUGUGUCUUACGUCGAGAUCUACAAUAACUACAUCUACGACCUUCUCGAAGACGCCCCGUUUGACCCCAUCAGGCCAAAGCCGCCUCAAUCCAAGAUACUGCGUGAAGACCAGAAUCAUAACAUGUAUGUGGCCGGCUGCACAGAAGUUGAAGUCAAGUCUACAGAGGAGGCCUUUGAAGUCUUCUGGAAGGGACAAAAGAAAAGAAGGAUCGCAAACACUCAGCUGAACCGCGAGUCCAGUCGCUCCCACAGCGUCUUCACCCUGAAACUCGUUCAGGCGCCUCUCGACGCCGAUGGAGACCACAUCAUGCAGGACAAAAACCAGGUGAAUGUGAGCCAGCUGUGCUUGGUUGACCUGGCGGGUAGCGAGCGCACCAGCAGAACCAGAGCCGAGGGGAGCCGUCUGCGUGAAGCAGGUAAUAUCAACCAAUCUCUCAUGACUUUGCGCACAUGCAUGGAAGUCCUGCGAGAGAACCAAAUGUGUGGAACCAACAAGAUGGUGCCGUACAGGGACUCCAAAGUGACUCAUUUGUUUAAGAACUACUUCGAUGGAGAAGGAAAGGUCAAGAUGAUCGUGUGUGUCAACCCCAAGGCCGAUGAUUAUGAGGAAACCAUGCUCGUCAUGCGCUUCGCAGAGAUGACGCAGGAGGUGGAGGUCGCACGGCCGGUGGACAGGCCCAUAUGCGGCCUGGCUGCGGGACGCCGGCACAGGAACCAGGCGUACAGGGAUGAACUGCCGCGUGGCCUGGAUGACCGAGCAGGUCCCAGUCGUGCUGAAGAUGACCCAGUUCUGCUGAAUCAGCUCAUUGAAAGCCUUCCGCCUCUGCCGGCCUGUGAGCUGGUGGACCCGGCAGAUGAUCAGACGCUGCCACGCCUGAUUGAGGUUCUGGAAAGGAGGCAUCAUAUCCGCCAGCGGAUGGCGGAGCACUUCAACAAAACCGCCAACACACUGAAGUCCAUGCUUCAACAAAUUGAUGGUCAGUGUGGCGCAAAGGAGAAUGUCAUCCAUGACCAGCAAAGUAAACUGAGCGAGAAGGACAAAGUUAUCAUCAGCCAAAAGACGGAGAUUGAACGGCUGGAAAAAAAAUCUAAAACCCUGGAAUACAAGAUUGACAUCCUGCAGAAGACCACUGACAUGUACGAGCAUGACAAACGCUCACUGGAGCAGGAGCUGGAGACUCGGGCUCAAAAGCUCCAGAGGGAACUCUCUGAGAGGAGGCGGAUGGAGCAACGCAUGCAGGGCAUGGUCACCGACACCAGGCUCAAGUGGGAGAAGGAAUGCGACAGACGAGUGAAUGCCAAACAGCUGGAAAUGCAGAACAAGUUGUGGGUGAAGGACGAGAAGCUGAAGCAGCUGAAGGCCAUCGUUGCAGAGAGCAGCAGCAGCACAGAGCGCCCAGAAAAACCACAAAGGCCCUCGAGGGACCGAGAUCGCAACCACGGCCAGAAGAGAUCCGCAUCACCAUCCCCUCAUCCGGACUUCAGGCAGACCCCUUCCCACCAGAGUCAAGGCCAGAUUAGGGCAGUUCAGGACACGUCCCCCCCCAGCUAUCCUUCAGUAGCCUCCUGCGUCUCUCAGUGGGAGCUGAGGUGCCCAGUAGACACAGGCGCUCCCUGUAGACAAGCGGAGACCCCGCGGCAUAGGAGCCGGGCUCCCGCCGCAGACUGUGGCGCCUCCAGUGUGUCUCGCAGGAGAGGCCAGCGCUGGGCCGCAGACGCUGAAAGCAGUCUGGUCUGUGAGCUAGACCUAGAGGCAGGAAUAAGGGCGGCCGGGGGAAUGAAUCCGGUUCACAGGCGCUCACACUCCGCAGGCGGGGAGAAAUGGGUAGACCACAAACCGGCUUCUAACGUUGACGUAGACUCGGUCAUGCGGCCAAUCAUACCCAAUGCAAUCCAAGUGGCCACCCCCAGCGGGAAAGCUCUGUCUAAGAGUCACAAGUACGUGCUCAGACAUCAAGAGCUGGCUUCCGACGGGGAGAUAGCCACCAAGUUGAUCAAGGGUAACGUUUUUAAAACCAGAGGUGGCGGCCAGGCGGUGGAGUUUACAGAUAUUGAGACACUGAAGCACGAGUGCCCGGCUGGACCAAGUCGCAAGAGGAGAUCUGACUCUUCAGAGACUCAAGAGGAACAAGAAAACCGGGCUCCUGUCGCCAGCGCAAGCGUGGCCUUCGGCUAUCAAAAACGCAGGAAGCCGUGAUGUGUUGCGUCUUUCUACGUGACUCCGGAGCAGGAAGGAACUAUGCAAUAUUUUUAAUGUUGGAUCAUGUCAUUUUACACGAUGAUUUCAGGGCAUGCCCCACAAGCUGAUUAAGCAACACAAUCGGUGUUUGCUGGUAGGGGUUCUCUUUCCUGAAUUUUUUUUUCCAUCCUGUCCAUGUCCUGUAUGAGACUUAACUUAAGAAGGUUUCCCUGCCACCCAAACUGAUCCAGCAUCAGGAAUUAUUGACUUUUUGUAAGUAUACAGCCUUUGUACACGUUUAGCACCACUGCUUUACUUGGCAACAUGAUCACAAAAGCAACGGAAUAUGGAGAUGUUUCAUAGUUUAGUCCAAAUCAAUGUGCUGUAAAUAUGUGGAAUUAUGCUUUUUUUUUUUUUACUUUUGUAAAAAACAACACAUUUUUUGUGGCAUUAAAUGUAUUGAAAGAGUGCAGGGUU